AUGCGAGUUCCUUCUGUGGAUGGCAACUGGACAGACCACAGUCCAGACGCUGCUUGGCUGGGCGAUGGCGAAGAAAGGCUGCCCCGAUUCGGAUCUCCAUCAUCGCUCCAUCUGUCGGUCCCUGCUUCCUGUUGCGUCGCAAUGUCGGCAACCUCUCAAGACCACCCAAUGACUGCAACGGGUGGCUAA